UUUUCUGGUGUUUUCACACAAUUUUUAGUGACUCUAUUUUAUUUAUUUAUCAUAAAAAAAGACAAUUUACUAUGUCUGAAGGGGAAGACAUGAAUGAGAGGUUGCCUCGAAGCUUACAAGGUUUGCUUAGAAUGACUGCACAGCAAGCAAGAGAACAGGGAACACCAAGUCAAUUUGAAGAAAUGAGUGAAGAGAGGAGGAAGUUUCUCGAAGAGGCUAUCUCAUCAUUUAGUGAAGAUACAUACGUUAAAAGAAUGUUGAAAUGCCUUGAAGUUUUAAGCAAGGAAGAYGUUGAGGAUGAUGACGAUGAUUCAAAAGAGAUGGCCUUUGAGGAUCUUGACUCAAUGGUUGAUCUCAUUGACAAUGCAAAUGAUCUCCAUAAAAUAGGAGGUUUUCCAAUUGUUGUCAGAUACCUCCACCAUAAUCAAAGUGAGCUCCGAUGGAGAUCAGCAGAUCUUAUUGCUGUCUUGUCUCAAAAUAACCCAUAUUGUCAAACACAUUUAAAUAGUCUUGGUGUUAUACCAGUAUUACUGCAAUUAUUGGACAAUGAUACAGUAGACCAAGUCAGAAUUAAAGCUCUCUAUGCCUUAUCAUCUAUGACMAGUAACUUUCCAGAAGGAAAGACAGUUUUCCUGGACAAUGAUGGUCUUUCUUCAUUAGUAAGAGCUCUGCAGGCAAAGAUAUCAAAAGUGAGAAUUAAAUCUUCCUCAAUGCUACGGAGCAUGAUUAGUGAGUCACUGCUUUCAGAAGAUUCUACUAUCAAAGAAGCCUUGGUAAAUAUGGGAAUAGUGGAACAGCUAGUGUCACUGCUACAUGAACAACAUGAACUAUUCCAUGAAUUCAUUGCUGAUUCACUAGCUAUUCUCUCAGAGAAUCUACCUAAAGUUGUUCAGGAAUGUCAAAGACCUCAGCUCCAACUUGAAAAGAUUUUGCAUGAGAGGAUACAUGAGCUUGAGAAAGAAGAUAAGGAGGCAUUUGAGACAGAAAUAGAAUGCUACAAAAGAUUGCUGGCUCAAUGCUUUGGAAAUACAGCAUAUGAAAUGGACAGUUCAUUGAGAUAGCAUAACGAUACUGUAAUUUGCUACAAUAUGAACAUCUGGCAUGUAGUAUGCACAGGAAGCUCAACAUAGAGAACAGAUAUUUCUGUUAGGAAAAUUGAAUGCUGGCUUGGAUGUGAAUUACGAUUAGGUGACAAAGUUUUGUUUGAAGAACAUGCUCUUGUCAAGACACCUCCCAAUGGUACUAUCUGGCAAAGUUGUGAAGWCAAGAGAAAAGGGAAUGGGAGCCARUAAAGUCAAAGUCUUACUACCCUUACAGACAUGUUAGGCAUUGUUAGAAGACUAUAACAAUAAUGUAAAAAUGUCAAAGAAUGACUAUUUAUGACUAUUGCCAAAAAGCCUUCUCUUCCCAAAGAAAGAGUACAAUGUACAUCACGUGUUAUGUUUUUUGGCAGUAUAAUACAGCGUAAUUCUAUUUCCAACUGCAUUGGAAUUUCAAUACAUUUUUAUUGAUUAUACAUAACUUAUUGGACAAUCUUUUUAAGAUAUUAUAGCGGAAUGUCUUAGUUUAUAAAUACCUAUUCAAUACACAGUCAGAAUUCUGACCACUAACUUUUAUUGAUAUACAUGGGGAUGUYUGUGUUUCAAAUUGAAAUCUUUAAGAUUGUUUGAAUAUCAAUAACCUUUAAUAAACAUAUUUUCAAAUGAUUUGCAAUCUGUUUCAAUGUGAAAAUUUGACAAAAUCAUAUUAAGUUACCCAUGAUGCAACUGAUCUAAUGAUAAUAAUUAUGUUAGUGGUCAGAACAGCCAGUUUAAUCUUACAAAUAAAACAAACUCUUUGGCAUUGAAACRAUGAGAAAUAAUCUACAGUAUAGUCAUCCAAUCCUUGAUACUGAAGACUACACAUGACUGAUGUCUUAUUCAAUGUACUAAGUACCUACAGAUAAAAUGGUAUAACUAUGGAAUAAAUAUUUUUUGGCUAUUAGAA